GAGAGAGAGAGAGAGAGCUGGUAGUGAAAAGUAAGGAGAGAGAGGACAACAUUCCUGUAUUGGUUCUGACAUUGAAAACAAGUGAAUGAAUGAAAUGACUGAAUGAAUGCAACAAAUGCUAGACUUAUGAGCGGAAAAGCAGCAAAAAAUAGUGUUUUCUUUGUGUUAUUCAAUGUUUUCAAUGCAUGUGUUUUGUGAAGCAAUGAAUGGCAUGACUGCGAGCGUACAGUAAUGCCCGCAACCGACCGCAUGACCACCGCUGGCCACUCACACACCGAUGACAAUCUUCACACCACUUCCACGUCUGGGCCCCAACACGUCCAGCGCAGGGACGGCCUAUCAGUGAGUGUCUGUCACCACAACAAUCACCAAACGAUGGCAAACAUUGGCGAACAAAAGGCUGAUCCCGUGAUGGAUAGGUCCGCAAACAUGAUUCAAAGCUCACAUAAAAACUACGAAGAGGUGGCACUGAUUGGUUCCGGCGCUUACGGAACCGUCUAUAAGGCCCGGGAUCUCAAUAAUGACGGACAGUUGGUUGCGCUCAAGAAAGUACGCAUUCCUCUCAACGAAGAUGGAGUUCCCAUUAGUUUACUCCGAGAGAUAACUGUAUUGAAACAGUUGCAGGUCUUUGAACACCCGAAUGUGGUCAGGCUUCUGGACAUAUGUCACGGCAAACGUCUGGAACACGAGAGACAACUCGUUCUGUUCCUCGUCUUUGAACACGUGGAGCAAGACUUAGCCAGUUAUCUAGUGAACUGUCCGGCGCCAGGCAUAGGCCCCGAUAGGAUCAAAGAACUUCUGUACCAAUUGCUGACUGGAGUGGACUUUUUGCACUCCAAUCGCAUCGUUCACAGAGACCUCAAACCGGCAAACAUUUUGGUCACUAAUGAGGGACAACUCAAACUCGCGGACUUUGGUUUGGCUCGCAUUUACCAACAAACCCAACCGCUGACCGCCGUUGUGGUCACCCUCUGGUACAGAGCGCCUGAAGUACUGCUUCAGUCGAGUUACGCGAGUCCUAUCGACAUCUGGAGUGUCGGUUGCAUUUACGCCGAACUCUUCACACGACUGCCACUGUUUUGCGGCCAAUCAGAGAACGACCAGUUGUGCAAAAUAUUCAAUAUAAUCGGCGCUCCUCUGCAGAGCGAAUGGCCUAAAGAGCUGUCACUUCCAUGGAAUACAUUCUCCAACUUUAAGAAAACCAAUUUUGAAGACAUUGUCAGAGAUAUCUGCGACGACGGCAAGAAUCUACUGGAGGUAUGCAUUCAGUCAUUUCCAAUGUCUUAA